AAUCUGAAACAUCAUGGGCACAGCCGCACAGCAACAACUUUCAGCACACAAAAGUGAAAAGUGAGAAACUAUGCAAACACUACUAGGCUGUUCCUAUUUCCACCCACAAAUCUUUCCACUUCCAUCUUUUUCCCUUAAUCAUUGCUCUAAUCAUGGCAAAACUUAUCUUCAAUGGAAGACAAAUUCAUAUAAUAAUUUGACCGCCAUUAGAGCUUCCUCUUCAACCUCAAUUGACAGCUUAGAAGAAGAAGAUGAUGGUAAUAGAGGAGAGAGAGUGACAGAUGUUGCUGCAAAAGGGUCUGGAACAAGCGCCAGAGGAAGGAGACUCCUCAAAUUGCGUGAAGAAAAGCACAGAAGAGAACAACAACGCCUCCAUGAUUACCCUUCUUGGGCAAAAGUUUUAGAAGAUGCGUGUAAGAAUGAUUUGGAACUUAGAGCAGUACUUGGAGAUAGUAUUGGUAAUCCUGAACUUAUGCGCAAAAAGGUUGAGGAAAGAGUCAGGAAGAAGGGGCGAGAUCUCCAAAAAUCCAAGACGGGCUCCGUCCUUGCCUUCAAAGUCAGCUUUAGAGACUUUAAUCCUCUGGACUCGUACAUUUGGGUGGAACUAUUUGGAUCACCAUCUGAUCGGGAUGUCGAUCUUUUUGGAAGUGUUAUUCAAGCUUGGUAUGUCAUGGGACGCUUGGGGGCUUUUAAUUCUUCAAAUUUGCAGCUGGCAAAUUCUUCAAUGGAGUACAAUCCCCUAUACGAUGCAGACAAGGGUCUUAAAGUGAUGCCAUCAUCAUUCCAUGAUAUUAGUAAUGUUGAAUUUCAGGAUAACUGGGGCCGUUUCUGGGUAGACCUUGGAACAUCUGAUGUUUUUGCCAUUGAUGUUUUGCUGAAUUGUUUGACGGUGCUGAGCUCAGAGUAUCUUGGUAUCCAACAAGUAGUUUUGGUGUCGUAAAAUGGGUGAUUGGGAAGAGGGAUGACUAGUUCUGAGGAUGGCUACAAGUUUUUUGAAAUAUAAAGUGGAUUUUGUUUCCAGGAGUCGUCUACACCAAUGAGGACAUAACAUGUAUGCAGAGAUUGGAUGAGAAGCAUAGAUAUUCCCACUCUACCUGAAAGACUCAAAGACCGCCUUGUCUUAAACAUAUCGUGCAUUAAGAUUUUCGUAAUCUUCAUCAUAUGACGUGACUGUAGCCUUAUUGGCUUUGAUUGGCAGAUAUUCAGCUACAACUGCAAUUAUAGUGCACUCAUCUUAAACAGGUUGCAUUGCUUGACUAGACUGCCCUGCUUCUGCAAAUUUUAGUCAGCAGAAUCCUCUAAUGCAACAAGAGAAGUCAGAAACGCGCUACGAAUUAACAUGUUUGUCAAACUUUUGCACAAGGGAAUCUGAGAUCUUGUAGUAUAUAUCUUCCAAGGAUAGCCUCCCCGAGCAAUAUGUUCCCCCUUCCCCCUUUACUCCAGCUUGCUGGAGAUAAGUUUGUAAGUUCCAUUUCGUUUCUAGGUUUUUUAGAAUAGUUCCCUCGAAAAUUAAUCUAGAUUUACAAUAGAUAUACAUUUGCUUGGUUUACAGAUUCUUUGAUAUGAUGGUAAGUACUUCAUUUCCAAAGAAAUGUUGUUUCCGCACUUUUCAAAGUA